AUGCUUAAAAGGGUGGAUCCUAAGAAUCCUGUUUUGAUUGCCUACCUGAAAACAAUCGAUUCAUCAAUUCCAACGGGAAUUUUGUUGCCACGGGAAGAAAAGAAAUCGAAUAAGUCAAAGAAGGUUGCUCCUGCUUCAUCUGAACAAAAGAAAAAGGGUUUGAAAUCCUCUAAGUCUCCAAAGCAGCAGAAUGAAAAAGUUGAAGUGACAGUUGAUGGAACAAAUGUGAUUGAGCCAAUUGUGGAAGAGACUCAAGAGAAUGUUAUUAUUCCUUCGAAAACUGGGAUGCUUCGAAGAAUCAAGAUGAAAUCUACUCACAAAAGAAAGUCAUCAUCACAGAAGCUGGUUCGCAAACCUCAAAUUAUUCACCAAGGAGUUUUAAUUCGUGAUGUACAUGUACCUGUUUCUCCCGGGUCCAAGAAACGAAUAGCAGAAGAUAUGGAAAAACACUUGUCACAACCGAAGAAGAAAAAGACAAAGAAGACUCGGAAGCUUGUUUUAUCUACUAAGUCUACAAAAGAAUAUGAACGAAUACCAGAAACUCUAGAGCUCACUCCUAUCAUUACAAGUUCCAUUCCUGAGAAGACUGUUAUCAUACCACCCGAAGUUUCGAUUGCCGAGUCAAUUUUUGAGGAGGUUCGAACUUCAGGCAUCCCUGCAUACGUAUCUGAUACGGAUGCAAAUGUCAACAUGGGUGAAGGAGGUUCGAAAGAUGCAGAUCAAGGUCUAAUUAUCUUUACACCAACAUCUACUAUUCCUCUCACAUCAACCACUGUUUUGCCAACCUUCGAACAUAUCAUCAAUCAACCAUUCACUUCCAUUUUGCCUUCUCAAUCCACUGAUACACCCAAACCAUCUUCACCAACUGACACUGAUAAUGAAGGGUUUGAUGGAGGUGAAGAAGGUGAAGGAGGACGUUAA